UCUCCUGUUAUACAGACAACAAACCCCGGAAAUUGGUCACGAACACGGUAAACCAUAGAAGCAGACAAGUCGACUACUAGUGCGCGUUCAUAUGUCGGAACUAGGACACUCGGAAAUGUCAAUUUUUCUGAUUCGUGCACGCGCCAUGUGUAUAACAACAACCAUUUACCUAGUUAUACAUUUCCGAGUUUCGACUAUCACGUGAACGCGGCAUAGUACUACGGGUGACCAAAUUCAGUCCAAAAAGCAGACUUACAUACCCUGCUUGUAGGGUCACCGAGCUAGCUGGUCUACUGCAAUAUGGCACUUUUUCAUUUGAUUGCAGGUUGGAUUGGUUAUGUUCUUAUGUGCUUACUUGGUUUGAUUUUGAUCGUAUUUCUCUGUUUUUGUCUGUACAUCAAAUAUAUUCAUUUGAAAUAUGAUCACAUACCGGGACCACCAAGGGACAGUUUUAUAUUCGGACAUUCCACAAUCCUGAGGGAAAUUAGCAAUGGUCGAGUUAUCCACGACAAAUUCCUGGAAUGGUCUGAGACAUAUGGACCGGUGUACCGUAUCAACGGAAUGCACAUUGUGAUGCUGUUUGUCACCUGCCCUGAUACCACCAAGGAAGUGCUGAUGUCACCAAAGUACCCCAAAGACUCACUGGUCUACAAGGGUCUUUUCAACCUAUUUGGACAGAGGUUUCUGGGAAGUGGUCUGAUUACGGCUCAUAAUCACGAUGCGUGGUACAAACAGCGAAGGAUCAUGGACCCUGCCUUCAGCAGUCUGUACCUACGUGGUCAGAUGGGUGCGUUCAACGAGCGGGCAGAGCGUCUGAUGGAUAAACUGGCAGACAUGGCUGACACCAACACAGCCGCCAACAUGCACCAAAUGUUCAACCUUGUGACCCUGGAUAUCAUCACCAAGGUGGCGUUUGGAGUGGAUCUUGAUCUGUUGAAGGAGAGUGACACUCCGUUCCCCAAAGCCAUAGAGAUGUGUCUGAAGGGAAUGGUCCACUAUGUCAGAGACUCCACCUUCCAGCUCUACCCAAAGAACAAGAAGUUCAUCAACGAGGUGAAAGCGUCUGUUCAGCUAUUGCGUUCGACAGGCAGACGGUGGAUCAACGACAGGAAAAUGGCCAUCCAAAAUGGCGAGGAUGUCCCUAAAGAUAUCCUGACACAGAUCCUCAAGACGGCUGGCAAAGAGGAAAACAAGGACAAUGAAGAUGAGGAGCUUAUGCUGGACAACUUUGUAACGUUAUUCGUUGCGGGGCAAGAGACAACAGCCAAUCAACUAGCUUUUGCUGUCAUGGAACUGGGAAGGCUGCCUGAGAUAUUGGCCAAUGCGAAGCAAGAAGUAGAUGACGUCAUCGGGGUGAAACAGGAAAUCAGCUUUGAUGACCUGGGGAAAAUGACCUACCUGUCUCAGUUCAAUUCAUACGUCUGUGGACGGUUGGAGAAGUUCUUUGAGGAGCCGCUGAAGUUUGACCCAGAGAGGUUCCAUCCGGACACUGCCAAGCCCUAUUACUGCUACUACCCCUUCGCCCUGGGACCACGCUCAUGUCUGGGACAGAGCUUUGCACAGAUGGAGGCGAAGGUAGUGAUGGCCAAGCUGCUCCAGAGGUUUGACUUCAGCCUACUGCCUGGCCAGUCCUUUGACAUCCUGGACACUGGCACUCUGAGACCAAAGAGAGGAGUGGUGUGUAGCAUCAGACACCGAGGACAGACAGCUGCAGCCUGACUACUGGAACCUGGAGAUGACUAGCCCUCGUCUUUCAACUCAACAUAUUUCUUAUCCGACUCAUUCCGUCUUUCUUCUUUACUGUCUUAAAAAAAAAGAUGAACACAUCAUCAAUGGUUUACCAAUCUUGCGCAUAUAUUUGCAUAAAUAUAAAUAGAACGUGAAACUUUUCCAAUGGAUUUACUGAGUUAUAUUUCAUAUAAGGAAAUCAAUCAAUUGAAGUAAAUUCAUUAUGCCCUAAUUUAUGGAUUUUACAUGACUGGGCAGGGGCGCAGCCAUGGCUGGGCCUGGGAAGGCAUAGGCCCACCCACUUGGGAGCUAGGCCCAGCCAUUCAGAAUAAGCUUUUGGUAGAGAAAUUAACAUUCAAUUCUCUGGCAAAAGCUCUGGUGGACAUUCCAGUAGUCAGUACGCCAAUUGCACGAUCCCUCAAAACUUGAGACAUCUGUGGCAUCUCGUGUUGUGUGACAAAACCACACAUUUUAGAGUGGCCUUUUAUUGUCCCCAGAACAAGGUGCCCCUGUGUAAUGAUCAUGCUGUUUAAUCAGUUUGUUGAUAUGCCACACCUGUCAGGUGGAUGGAUUAUCUUGGCAAAGGAGAAAUUCUUACUAGCAGGGAUAUAAACAAAUUUCUGCACCACAUUUGAGAGAAAUAAGCUUUCUGUGCGUAUGGAACAUUUCUGGGAUCUUUUAUUUCAGCUCAUGAAACAUGGAACCAACCCUUUACAUGUUCUGUUUAUAUUUUUAUUCAAUAUACAGUACCAGUCAAAAGUUUGGACACACCUACUCAUUCAAUGGUUUUUCUUUAUUUUUACUAUUUUCUACAUUGUCAAAUAAUAUUGAAGACAACAAAACUAUGAAAUAACACAUAUGGAAUCAUGUAGUAACCUAGGAAUGCGAAGCGAGGCGGCCAUCUCUGUCGGCGCCGGAACCAAAAAAAGUGUUGCUUGAGACUUGCUUGAGACGCAUAGAUCUGUGAAAUUCCGGUGAACUUUCGAAUCAACAUUAUUACCUCAGUGCUUCUGUUUUAGUAAAUGUAGCCGGUUUUAGUAGAAUCAUUUAGCCAAAAUCACUGAGCCCCAGAAAAUAAUAAUACUUUUGUCCACAAGGUGUCGCUGUAAACCCGCGGAAUAAAGACCAUUCAUGUUUUGCCA